UAUCGGGAUGGAGAUUGGAGCCCAGUUGUUGGAAAUGACCUGUUCACUCGACACUCUUUAGAAUGGUUUCUGUCUGAACAGGAUAUUUUUCUUGAAACUCAUUUUGUCAGUGUGGAGGCAGGGUAUCAACAGAGUGAGAACCGUGGGUGUUCAACAGCUCUGAGUGCUUGACAAACUUUUUCUCUUUGCUCCUGUGGAUAUUGUUUUGGAAUCAAACUCGGAGGGUGUGACCAAGGUUCCAGGUCCGAACCCUCAUCCUACACCACUGGGUCACCUAUCCUCAGCAGGGAACUGGUAGACAGAAAGAGGUGGAUAUAGUGUGUUGGACCAACUUCACUGGUUGGAGAGGAUUUUUUUCCCUUCUUACCUGUCCUGUACCUGGAUAGGACUUGAGAAACGGUAGCGUAUACCCUCUCUUGUCUGAAGAGUUUAACCAUAUCUGGACACUAGACCUUAUCUGGACCUCUAACUGCUCUCACGCUAUCUUCUACCGCUCUACUUCCCUCUCUCUCUCCAGCAGAGAUGGGGGCUGCCUUCAAGAGGUUCUGUGCUCGGUUCUGUUGCUGCUGCUGCAUUAGCGAUGAUGAAAGUGAGGAGGAGAAGGAGCCUUUAAUCAGUCCUGACACUUUGGAGUACUUUGACCGCGAGGCGAAGAAGCGAAGGGAACAGGAACAGAACCUGUGGAGUGAGCCAGGCGACCCGAGCCACUCGGAGAGAGACGAUGACCGGAUCCUGUACAACCUCAUCCAGAACAGGAACCAGACACGCAGGGGCUCGCUGGCGCACCGGCGUCUGAGUGUGGACAUUGAGGGUAUGAGAGAUCUGCGUCGGGAGGUCAGGGACAAGUGGAAGAUGAUCCUGGAGAAUUUAGGGUUCAUGGCGGAGGCGGAGUCUCUGCUGACGGUGUCUGCCAGUGCGUCGUAUGACCGUAUGAAGAACGCCUCGGCGUCACGCACACUACUGCACACGCUCCACUCUGAGACGUCUAUCUUCAACACCCGGGAGGCCCCACCUGAGAGAUACCUCUUCAUCCUGGAUCGUCUCAUAUACCUGGAUGCUGCUGAGGACUUCUUGGCGAAGGCUAGACGCUUCUACCCCAAGCGUGAUACUGAUGAUGAAGAUGAGGACAACCCAUUAGCAGUCAACCUGCCGUUGCUACUGGCCAGAGUGAACCGCACCAUGAACAGAGAAGGGAGCGACGAUGAGGACAAGAGGCUGGAUGAGGAAGAUGGGAGUGGAAGAGAGGACAACUUCUAGACGGAACAGGAGCUGCAAUGACCUCAGACAGUAGACAGGGGGCAGUAGUUAGUUGUUUAUGUUGCAGAGUUGGGUGCAUACAGUGCUAGGAUGUCUGAUUCUGAAUAUACUCUGUUGAAAAUACUCUCCCAAUUUGCACUAACACUAGGGGCUCUAUUCAAUCUGUGUUGCUGAAGUGUUACAGAUUGUGCGAUAGAAAUGUAAAGGUCAUUUCCUGACUGAACCGACAUGUGCAGUGUUUACCGUGAAAGCAGUCUCUGCUAACACGGGAACAUUACCUUUACAUUUCAAUCACUCUGUAACGCUGCACUUCUGCGAUACAAAUUGAAUAGAGCCCUAGGUUUGAACAAAAAAAAAUACAGCUUUCCUUUCACCUCAUCAGAACCAUGAUCCAAUAUGAUUCUGUUUUUCUUAUUUUUCUGUUUAGGCAGACUUAGCUGGGUCUCAGGUAUAUUAGGGAGCGUUUGAGGUUAUCACCCUGCCAUUUUUUUAUCAAUCAGACAGUGUUAGUUACCCAACUCCCUGGGUCUGUUCAUUAUUGGUCUCCGCCAGGGAACACAGUGGACACAGUUAACACAGCACUGAAACCCGUAGGGCACAGCUGUCCUGUUCCACAUCAGCACUUUGUCUCAUGAUUAUCAGCACUUGUUUUAUCUAGUCAC